CUCUCAUUAUCUCCCUUUCUAUAGAAAAUUAUUCUAACAGGCUGAGGGGGGUGCGAGGGGAGGCGACACAUCAUAAGACUGAUCUGCAAUUAGAUAACUGGAAUGUACCGUAAAGGUGAUGGAACAGAAUGGGGGAAAUAGCUACAGCUUUGGACUAUAGUCAGGCUGUCAUUGACGCGCAUUGCAACACAGGGAAAAAAAGAUGACUGAUUAAUGUAAAUAAUAGAAGUAAACAAAUACACGCAAAUUUGGGUGUUUGAUGCCUGAAUUUUCUAUGUGCCUUGUUCUGCUGGGUUGCUUUGAUGUUGUGAAGGCUCCGUACGGAACUGGUAUAUUUGUUAUUGACAGUUUUUUAACUGAGAAAGGUGGGCAUAAUUGAUAGAAUGUCUUCGGUUUGCAGCUGCUAUUUUAAGGUUCUGCGCAGACCCUGAGAAUCCCUACGACGAAGGGAGCGGAUGCUCAUCCCAUUGCCCCGAGCGCGUCCUGAAAAUGACCAGACUGAUGUUGGGCAGGACGCUGGAAAGGAUCUGCAAGGCCGUCCUCCUACUCUGUCUCGUGCACUUCCUCAUCAUGAUGAUUCUGUACUUUGACGUCUACAGCCAGCGCUUUGACAUCUUCAGCCGCUUCAAUGGGCGCAACUUCUCGCGGACACACCACUACUACAACCUCUCGCGUCCCAAUGGCACCUUCCCCACAUACCUGCCUGCAGGGGACCACUUCCUGCCCAGCACGAAGCCCGAAACUAACUACACGCCCACCAUCAAGCCUGUACCGCCGUGCCCUGAGGUGCCACCUGGGUUAGUUGGCCGCUUGCUUAUCGAGUUCAGCUCUGCCAUGACGCUGGAGAGAGUGCAGAAGGAGAACCCGGACGUGACAAAUGGAGGGAAGUACACUCCUCCGGAUUGUAAAGCCAAGCAGAAGGUGGCCAUUAUCAUCCCUUACCGGCACAGAGACCACCAUCUCAAGUACUGGCUGCACUACCUCCACCCCAUUCUCCGUCGACAGAAGAUUGACUACGGGAUCUUUAUUAUCAACCAGUAUGGGGAGGACACAUUCAACAGAGCGAAGCUGCUGAACAUCGGGUAUACAGAAGUCCUGAAGGAUGCAGAGUAUGACUGCUUCAUAUUCAGCGAUGUGGACCUGAUCCCCAUGGACGAUCGCAACCUGUAUCACUGCUAUGACCAGCCGCGGCACUUUGCCAUCGCUAUGGAUAAGUUCGGGUUCAGGUUACCUUACGCUGGCUAUUUUGGAGGGGUUUCGGGUCUCACCAGAGUCCAGUUUCUAAAAAUCAACGGUUUUCCAAACGAGUACUGGGGCUGGGGUGGUGAGGACGACGAUAUUUAUAACAGGAUCACACUAAAUGGAAUGAAGGUCUCUCGUCCUGACGUGCGGAUCGGGCGGUACCGGAUGAUAAAACAUGAGCGAGACAAGCACAACGAGCCCAACCCGCAGAGGUUCAACAAAAUCCAGAACACCAAGGCCUCAAUGAAGCAUGACGGCAUUAACUCAUUGCAGUACCGUGUUCUGGAGGUCACCAAGUACCCACUCUUCACCAACAUCACCGUGGAGAUCGGCAAACCACCGCCCCGCCCCCCUAGAGGAUAGACCUUCCUCGAUUCAGGGAUGCAAAUCUCAGACACCAACAUACAAACACAUCCUCCUGCUGUUCUCUUCUCACCUUGCUUGCCAGGGGUCCAACCAAAAGGGAAGCCUUAACCAGUGGCUGCUGUCCCGAGCUUUGAGAGGCUGCAGAUCCCUUUGAGAAGGCACAAACCCUGUGCUUCACAAGACUCAAUACAAAACCCUUUGUUUGGCCUCCCUGGAAUGCUUCAUCAUUGGGGUAAAUUAGUUUUGCAACCCCUGUCUUUGUAACUAACCUCUGCAUACUGUUACACAUUGAGUGCAGUCCUGAAUGCAACCAGGGGAGUGGUCUUAACUCAAAUGUUUUUCUUUUCCUUGUUUUGUUUACAACAUAUCCGGCUUCUGUGGUAAUUCAAGUUAUGAAAACAUCAUACCAGAAACGAAUAAACAGUCUUUGUUUAUUAUCAUUUUAGAGGAUUGUUAAAGACGUUCUGUGAGCAACAUACUGUACAGAUUGUUUUAUUAGUUUACCCAGGGUUUCAUAUCUUGGAAUAUCUUGAAAGCUUUGCUUUUCUUUAUCUUUUGAAUGGUCACAUACAAUCCUAUUCAUUUCUUUUUCUUUUUUUCUUUUGAUAAAAAAACAGCAAACUGAAAUACUCAAUUGAAUGUGUCCCUGUGAUUGCCUCAUUCAGAACUUUUUUGGCACUGGUAUUACUUUUAAAUACAAAUGCUGGGCUUUAUCUUGCGGAUUAGUGCUCAGUGAAGGACUGUGUGAAUUGGAUUUUCUGUCCCGUGCAGCCAGGUUUUAUUUAAACAGAUCUGACAAGUUGUAAAAAGAGGAAUUAAGUCUGCAAAGGAAAAGGGUCUAGUUCACAAAGAACUGAUCCAAAGACUGACUGGAGCUGACAGGACUGGUGCUCAAGAAUAUCAAAUAACUGGAAUACACCUAGUGGCCAGCCAUAUGUCAAUUACACUGAGGUUGAACUGGGUGUGCCUUUAUCCCUGCUAGGUUGCUGCUGAAACUACAUAUUCAGAAUAUUGAUUUCUAAAAAUAUGUGGCAUAUGCAGUGCAAGACUAUUGUCUCCUAAGGUAUUUAUGGAGACAUCAGCUGAUGGUUUGAUUGUAAUUAAUCUAACAGUUUUCACUGGAAUUAUAGUACACUGUUUGAAAACGGAUCUCAAUAGCCAGAGACAUUUUUUUCCUUUAUUUUAUUUCUUUUGCAGAAUAACUGUACUCUUUUUAUAUAACAAUAACUCAAUGAACAAACAAAACCGUUUCAACGUCUUUAAUUUGCCGCCUUUUUCAGAUUUCUUUUCUUUUUUUUUUUUUUUUUUUUUGUACUGCCUAAACACCAAACCGAUGCCUUUGGAAUUUUUAUGUGGGGCAAACAACUGGUAAUGCUGCAUUCUGGGUGAUUUUUGUAUUAAUGUUCCUGUGUGUAGUGAAGUGAUGUGGAAGUCUUUCUCUUUUGUACUAUUAUCUUGGCUUAGCUCAAAAGAUUAAGUAUUCAAAAAGCUUUCCCUUUUUUGUUUUUUUUAAAACAUCUGUUAACAAACGCUUGCAUUUUCUUUUUUUCUCUCCCAACUCUAUCUGCAUUCUAUAUCAUAAAUGCCAUUCAGCUGCCCAGUUCAACAGGAUAAUGGUAUAUUUCUUCUGGUUGAAGUUGCACUUUUAGAAAUGCAUAUUAUAAUAUUAGAUAUUAAAUCUUAUAAUAUUUACACUUUUUUUUUUUUUUUUUAAUGGAGAACCAAAAUCCCUUUUCUUGGUUUUUCUUAUGACUGGUGAGCUUUGUUCUUCACUUUUAGAUGGUUUUUAUUCUUCAGGUUUUAGGAAGUUACGUUGCAAAUUUUCAGACUACAACUGCCAGGAUAUAUCCACCUGUAUUGAAGGUUCUGAUACCACCUAACUCCUGGAUAUAAUACUAUAUUUUCAUGAAAACAUGCCUAAACCACCUACUGGAUACUGAGCACAUUACCUGUUGGGGGUCAAAUUGUACUGCAUCAAUAAAACACCAACAUAUAGAACAUCCAGUACAUACGUUGUGAGAUAGUUAUUACUUCCAAAUGUGAUUGGGUGAUCGGUCUGAAUGACGUACCUAUCAGCUUCCUGCUCGCAACUCUUCAUCAGCAGUCUGUAACUGUCUGAUAAUAAUUAUUCAUACAUUAAAUCUUACCCAAUAAGCAGUAAUGCAUUGUUAGCCUAUCGCUACGUUAACCCACGUGUGGAAAUGUACUGCCCUCUCAGCUAUGAAGGCAAACAAAAAAGAGAACAAUAGUUAUGCAGGAGAAAGUUCACAUAUCUUUAGGAACUAAGGCUUUAAAUGUAUAUAGAGCAGAUCUGUCAACAGCUCUAAAAAUACUGUAUUCCAGGCAGUCAUCUUAAAUGAAUACUUGUUUGCAAAUAUGUAAGUGUUAUUACACAUUGUAGCUGUGAAAGAAUGUGAUACUGGAUUUAAAUGUGUGAAUUGGGUUAAUGAUUUGUAACUGUGCCACAAAAUGCGUUAAAAAAAAUUUGUAUAUUAAAUAGAAAUAAUUAUAAAAAAAAGGUUUCAUUGGAGCCAAGGUAGUGUGAAAGUAUCUAGAAAUAUAUUUGGAGGGUCUUUUACUGGUGACUUACUUCAGGAUAUACCAUUAACUUGGUGAGGAAUUGAAAUAUCAAGCAAAACUGUUGGUAACUUGUGUUGUAAUUAUACUGUAAUGGAUUUGCACAUGUAUUUGAGUGAAUUGCAGUUUAAUUAUAGCAAAUUCAAGCCCAUUUAAAAUAGUGUUACCAAAGAAUUUGAGAAGUUUCAGUUCAGUUCCUGGUUUCAUAGGCCUUCUUGAUACAAAGAGAAAGCAAUGUAACUUGCAUCAGCUCGGGACAGAUACAUUUCAGAUGUAAUUGUAAUCUGCCUGCAGCACAUUGUCCUCGAGCAUCAGUUUUCUGUACUGUCACUGUAUUAUUUUGCAAUUAAAGAUCACCAGUCUGUUUAGAUAGGUGUGGUAGAAAAAGUGAUGUAAUCUGCAGUAACAAUGCAUAUAAUUUUGUCUAACACUGCUGUCUAUUUUUCCUAAUUUUAAUAUCAGGUAAAUUGCACCUUGUCAUUGUUGCAAGAAUCAUUGAGAGAAACAUCUUAAAGGCAACAUUUAAAUUACAAUUGAUACGAUCUGCCCUUUAAAAUUAUUCAAAACAUAUUAGUGGCCAAAUAAAUGUUGCUAGAUCUUUAUUCACGCAAGUUAUUUGUUCAGCAUUCCAAAAAGUAGAGAUUAAUUAUCCAUUUUUAAAAUCACACACACACAGUUAUUUGUUACUCACAUUAUUUAACUCUGCGCUGAAAAAAUAGUUUUUUUUGUAUUUAUAUAUAUAGAGAGAGAGAGAGAACCAAGUAUGUUUUCAUUGUUUCUCUCUAUGAAAUUCUUAUACAGUAUGCAACAUAAUCUCUAACCAGUAUUCGGAAGCUGAUUCUUAAUAAUAAUAAUAAUAAUAAUAAUAAUAAUAAUAAUAAUAUUCAUAUAAAAUAAACUAAAGUUUCCCAGCUUUGACCUUAUUCCCUCUUGUGAUUAUUUUUAACAUCAUUAGAUUUCUUUUAACAACCCACUUGUCAACUUGCAGUUAAAACUGCAUUAACAGAAAUUGCAAUCCAGUUCUGGUGAUCUUAAAUUGCUGAUUAAAUGAUUGUGAAAUAAAACAGAAGUUGAGGGUGCAGUUAAACCUCAGUCUAAUGACACCUUGCAAUCCGACAGUACUACAGUUAAACUUAAGUUAUUUUUUCCAUACAGUAUGUAAUGGAUACUGUUGGUCAGUAGAGCUAUGUAUAGCCAGAAGUAGAAAACAGCAAUACUUUUCAAAGCAUUUACACAUUCCUCCAUGCAUUCAUUUCUUAGUAAAGCUAUGUCAACAGAACCACCUUCCUCUUGGUACAAAGCUGAAAAAUAAGUAAGACCUGCUUUUAAAUGUAUAAUGAUGAAUUGCCUUGGGCUUCAGAGACUUGAGUGUUUUAAAUAAUGUACUGUAUCUAGGUUUUGUACAUUGAAUGUUGGAAAUCUAAAAUCUUAUAGAAUGCAUACUGUCAUAUCAAACCUACUUUUUUGUACACAACCAAUCAAUAAAAUAAAAAAAAUAAAU